AAAGCGUCAGUCGAGGAGAAAAGCAGGGAGAAAUCAUUAGAGAGGAAUCCCAGGCAUAUGGCUGGCUUUUGUCGGCUCCCCUCCCCCUCCUUUCUCUCCCUCCUGCCGUCCGCUCCGCAGCAGCAGCAGCAGCAGGACGGAGGUACUUCAGUUUUUGAAGCCGUGGCAUGAAUGAUCUCAUCUGAACCUGAUCUCCGCUUUCUCUGCCGUCGAUCCUAUGACCGAGACGGGAAUAAAAUAACACAAACACGAGGAGUCUUGCUUCAGACUGGCCUAAAAUGGGCAGAAAUGGUGCUGAACAAAAGCUGCUUGUCGCACGUACAAAAGUACUUGAAGCGCUGCAGCUGGGACCGAGCUGCAUUGCUAUUGCCUGUGCCUCUCAACAGGAAAGGUAUAGCAAACUUUUAAGGAAAUCCCAAACCCAACCAUUUACUUAUCACUGUAGUUCAGAGUUGCAGCUUCUUUUUUUUUUUUUUUUGCUGGUUAUUUGUAAUGUCACAACUGCUUUAAGCAGAUUUCUUCCUGUCCACACAGAUAUUACUACACCACUCUAACCUCAUUACAUUUGUCACUAAUUUGAGUAAUUACAUGACACUUGCAGUACCUCAUGAAAGUAAUCACACCCCUUGAAUUUUACAGGUUUUUCCCGUUUUAAAGUGUUUUAUUGGGAUUUAAUGUGAAAGAGCAAGGCAAAGUAGGGCAAAAUUGUAAAGUAGGAUGAAAAUAAUAGUGUUUUCCAAAUGAAAAUCUACUCCAGUUUCAAGAUUUAUGCAGUCUUAAAGGAUUGGUGUUAUGUAAAAUUGACAGUCUUUGGGCUUUACAUCAUGUUUUAUUAUUAUUCCCUCAUCAAAACAUACCUAGUAUGUUGCUUUGAUUCUUUCAUGUGUGUUUGAGGAAUUCUUGAAUCUCCCACGGCAACCGUUUGGGGAGCCUGAAUACAAAGCUCCACCUUUUUACCCAUAGCUCUAGAGUUUGGUAGAUGAACUACUUCUCUCCCUAAGAACGGCUGUAAGCAGCAUAAUGGAGAAGCCAUGUUGUGAUGACUUCCUGAAGUGUCAGAAAGAACAGGAGCUUCUUAAAGGGACAGAGGCCCAAUUUCAAGGCAUCAAGAUACGAAGUCAUAUUUCUUUUAAGUCAAGUUUAUAUAUAUAUAUAUAUAUAAUUUUCAUAACAGUUGAAAGUAACAUUUGGGAUGUGCUGGAAAAAAGCCACUAUGCGUCACUAUAUGCCUGAAAAAUGCAUAACACCGCCCCUUUAACAGGGUUUUCUUUCUGACCAGUCUCCCCUGCGCUAAAGAAAAUCGUCCCCUCUUCAUUACUCUGUCACCACUAUGUUUCACAGCAGAAGCAAUGUGUUCAGGGUGGGAUGUAGUGUUAGAUUUUCAACUUUUAUCACAACUAUUGCAAGAAUGUGUGAUGUUUUCCCCCCCCCCACAAUUAUUGCUACAAGCUGUCAAACACAAAAAGUGACUCCAUUAUCAAAAUGGACACUUCAGUUCACCAGUGACAUUUAGUAGAACAGUUGUACUAUAAUGACGUCCUUUAAUGUUCUCAUGGAACCUGAAGUAGUUAAAAUAGCUUAACUUAUAUUAAGAUUGAUAAUAUAAUAUAAGGUAAUCUUGGAGGAAAGUCUAAUGCGAAAAGUUUGAGACUGGACAACUGUAAACAUAGCGAGUUACAGUGUAAUGGAUUGAAGUAUAUACAUGAUUUAGAAUGGCCUAGUCAAAGUCCACACCAAAAUUUAAAGAAAAAAAUGUUUGAAAAUUUGAGUUAAAAUUUGCUCAUGAAUCAGUCUGACGGAGGUGAGACUACUUUGUGAAGAAGGAAUGACGAGAACUUUGAUCUCUAGAUCAGGGAUGUGAUGAUAUCCAGUCUGUGCCGAUAUCAGUAUCCGAUAUCAAUACUGCCGUUAGACCCGAUAACUGAUAUUUACACUUUAGAUUUAGACUUCACUACCAUUUUGACACCUUGAAAAAAAAAAACAACCACAGUGCUGACUUCACCACUUACUCCCCACAAUCCUUUGCUGCAUCACUAUCGCUUUCACACGACCAAGCAAAUGCGACAUCACCAACCUCCAUCACCCCUCCAGACACAGACGGCAACAAAUGGAAUUAAAUAUCGGUCGUUAAUAUCGGCCCAGAUUUAUUUAUUGGUCCAAUACAAAUAUUUUAAAUGGUUAAUAUCGGCAGAUAGAGUUAGAGAUACCGUAGAAUAAAUUAGCAUGAACCUCAGAUACGAUGAAUCUGGGGUUGAUGUCGUGCAUCCCUCGUCUAGAUGUUCAAAGUUGUUUGAGACGAACCACAAAAGAAUUGCAGCUAUAUUUGGAGGGAAAGUAUUGACUGGUGGUGCUGAAUACAAAUGCAUAGUUUUUAAACUUUUCUGCAUUGUUUUCAGUUCAGUUCCAUUCUGCUCCCAGUAAAUCCCACUAAAACUCUGAAGUUUAUGACAGUAACAUGAUAAAGUGUGAAAAAGUCAAGAGGUGUGACUAUUUUUUUUUCAAAGCACAGUUUUCUCCUCACUUAUAUUAGCUAGUGCAACUCUGAAACACUUUGUGGUUGUGAAUUUGUCCCUAAUGAGUUCCUGUCAGUAGUUCUCACUCUGCGUUUUCUUCCCUCCCUUCCCGCAGCAGUGAGACAUCAUGUUCCCGAAGGGCACCAAGCGCAAGUUCUCCGACUCAGGAGAGGAGGCGGUGUGUGGUGGCGGCGGUGGCGGUGAUCAGGGCCCCUCAGCCGCCCCAGCCCCGUCCCCCGCCGCAGCCAGGACACUGUCGUCAUCCUACAGCCUGCAGCGGCAGUCGCUGCUUGACAUGUCACUGAUCAAGCUGCAGCUCUGCCACAUGCUUGUGGAGCCCAACCUGUGCCGCUCGGUGCUCAUCGCCAACACAGUACGGCAGAUCCAGGAGGAGAUGACCCAGGACGGCACCUGGCAGAUCAUGACCCAGGCCCUGGCGGCCGCUCAGUGCCCCGCCGACCGCCUGGUGGCCACCGAGGUGCUGUGCAGACAGACUGAGGCGGCGGCGGCGGCGGCACAGGCCGGCCAGAGCCCCAAACCCUUCUCCGUGUCCGGGCUGGAGGAGGGCUACCACUCGGAGGAGGUGGUGAUGGACGGGGACGCCGAGGCGGAGGUUGCCAUGUCGUCCCUGUCGCCCGUCUCACCUCAGCUGUCCUCGGCAUCCUACCUGGCGGGGCCAUUCGGGAUGGGGCCCUGCUGGGAGGACGACGAGGAGGACGCCGACUGCGACGAGGACGAGGAGGAGGACAGCGAGGAGUGCGCGUCGGAAGGCGAGGACGCCGAGCGGCACCACCUGAGAGCGGACUCCAGGACAGGGGAGCAGGUCUUCGGGACUUUUGAGAUCAAGCACCCGGCGCCGCCCCCCGACCCGGCACUGGAGGAGCUGUUCUCUGACGUGGACCCGUCCUACUACGACCUGGACACGGUGCUUACGGGCAUGCAGAGCACCCCCAAAAUGGGGCCUUACGACCUGCUGGAGAGCCUGUCCUCUCACGGGCCGACGGCGCUGAGCUCCAGCGCCACCUGCAGGUCCGACCUCAACGAACUGGACCACAUCAUGGAGAUCAUCGUGGGCUCCUGAAAGCAAUCCCAGACUAUGCACAGCACAACGUGCGUGUUGGUGGUGAUGUUACAGAUCCUUCCAGGUUUUGGGAACAAGGUGGGGAGCGAGGGGGUGGGGGGUAAUCAUGGAGAUGGUCCGCUUUCAGACUGUAGAGGUGUGAAUGACUUUUGGGUUUUUACAUGACCAGGGCGCAAAGUUAGCGUCCCGCUUUGUCAAACCCUCCCGCGGUCUUAAGAAACUGGGUCAUUUGGAUGCCACAAGCUUUUUUUACAUUGUCACGCGUGGGGGUCACACUGACCCCUGUGCGCUUUUGAGAGUUUUUUUUUUUUUUUUAAAUCUUUUUUCCCUUUCCCUUCCCCUCUCUCCAACCGCCAACAUCCUCUUGUGCAUCGUGCUAAGACCGCGGGAGGGUUAAGAAAUGUCCAAAACCUGCGACUGUCUGUGAGAAGGCAAAGAUAAUUACCUACACCGCGAUGCAUUCUGACGUCCUGUCGUUUCCGUCUCGUUCUAGCUCCUUCUGGUCCGACUCUUGCCUUUUUUUACGUCCAGCUCUAUUUAUUGUUACAUGGACCAAGGAACAACUCGCCACACUACAUGCACCGAAACAGAACAAAUUGUAAAUCCAAAUCUAUGAAUCAAUGCAUAUUUUCCUAGAGAUUUGAGCAGUUAUGAAUGGAUUAUAUGUAAAUGUACGUAUGUGUAUAUAGAAAUAUAUUUUUUUGCAUUAUACGGCUUGCUGGGAUUGGUCAGGGGGUGGGUGUGGGAGGGGGGAUUUUGCGAGCAUCAUUUGAUAUCCUUAUUUUCUGUCCCAAGCGGUUUUUAAAGGUUUUAAUGUAGCCGGACUGGAGACGGUGUCUUCCCGUGGACUGUCGACACGCCGCUCUUUCAUUUCUGCUGAAGCUUCACCACAGAGCAGGAACUCACUUCCAGCCACCAAACCAGACGUGGCUCAGGAGUUUUUUUUUUUUUUUUUCUUUUCAGUUUACAGUAUCCAAGUGACAAAUGAAGUAGUUUGGCUGCUGCGCUUUUAAUACAGACC